AUUUACGUUACAUAUUACUAUAACAUAAGACGUAGAUUACUCUAGACGUAACCGACAAGUUUUGCUUGUAAUUUAUCUGACGCCAAACUUGUAAAUGUAAAAAAUAAUUUCGCGCGGGAGAACAUAAAGCACGCCAUCUGUACAGCAAAAUAAAUAUGGCUGAGGAUAAAAUAGGUUCGCUGGAAGAGGAAGCUUUGAAGAGGAAAGAACGCUUGCAAGCUUUGAAAAGAAAAACUGAAGAUAACAAGGAAAAUAAAAGUGAAAGUGCUAGUAAAUUGCCGAAACCAAAGUUUCGGAGUUACAAGCCACAAGAUGAGAGUUUGAAGGAUAAAGUAUUAGAGGAUGCGAAACCGGGAAAUGUAGAGGAAGAAGUACAAGAUCAAUUAAGUGCUGCGAACACAAAAGUUGUGAUUGAAGAACUGGAUAUUAGCAAUCUUGCUCCUCGAAAACCAGAUUGGGAUUUGAAGCGAGAUGUUGCUAAGAAAUUAGAAAAAUUAGAAAGGAGGACACAGAAGGCGAUAGCUGAACUCAUAAGAGAACGAUUAAAGCAAGGGCAGGAUGAUUUAGCAGCCGUAGUAAAUAUAGCAACUAAAGAACAGACAGAAACACCUAGUUGACAUCAUUAAUAGCUUUUCAUGUAUUUCUGUAUUAUAAUAUUUAAAUAGUUUUAUACAUGUAAAUAAUAAAAAAAUGCUUUUAUAAUAAUUA